AUGGAGGACUUUGUAAAGCUAUCGAUUUUUGGAACCGUAUUCGAAGUUACGACAAGAUAUGUGGAUCUUCAGCCAGUUGGAAUGGGCGCCUUUGGCUUGGUUUGUUCCGCAAAAGACCAACUAACCGGCACUAAUGUCGCGAUUAAAAAGAUUAUGAAACCUUUUAGUACACCUGUUCUUUCUAAAAGAACAUACCGUGAACUAAAACUAUUAAAACAUUUGAAGCAUGAGAAUGUUAUUAUUAGUUUGAGUGAUAUUUUUAUCUCACCGUUAGAAGAUAUAUAUUUCGUUACUGAAUUGUUAGGAACUGAUUUACAUCGACUAUUAACAUCUCGUCCGUUAGAGAAGCAAUUUAUUCAAUACUUUUUAUAUCAAAUCUUGAGAGGUUUGAAAUAUGUGCAUUCUGCUGGUGUUGUGCACAGAGAUUUGAAACCUAGCAACAUUUUAGUUAAUGAAAAUUGUGAUUUGAAGAUUUGUGACUUUGGCUUAGCUCGUGUUCAAGAUCCUCAAAUGACAGGAUAUGUCUCAACGAGAUACUAUAGAGCACCGGAAAUCAUGCUUACAUGGCAAAAAUAUGAUGUAGCAGUCGAUAUCUGGAGUGCAGGUUGUAUUUUUGCUGAAAUGUUAGAGGGUAGACCACUGUUUCCGGGCAAAGAUCAUGUUCAUCAAUUUUCCAUUAUCACCGAGUUACUUGGCACACCGUCAGAUGACGUCAUUCAAACAAUCGGUAGCGAAAACACACUACGAUUUGUACAAUCCUUGCAAAAACGUGAAAAAGUACCAUUUUCUCAGAAGUUUACCAAUGCAGAACCUGAAGCGUUGGAUUUACUUGAAAGAAUGCUUGUAUUUGAUCCAAGAAAGCGUAUUACUGCUUCAGAAGCUUUGGCACACAAGUAUUUGGAACCCUACCACGAUGAAUCAGAUGAACCUGCGGCAAAUGAACCUUUCGAUUGGUCUUUUGAUGACACAGACCUUCCUGUUGAUGAUUGGAAAGUGAUGAUGUACAAAGAGAUUUUGGAUUUCCAUAAUGUUGACGGACAAGGUUAUAAUAUGGAAGGCACUAACGACGUUAAUUUUUAA